AUUAGAGAGAAGUGAUGGAGAAACUCCGUUAUUUGUGGAGGCAACAACUAUUGUGUAAUGAGACCAGCUCAUCAAUCAUCAUCUCCAGAAAAAAGGAAUGAUACAAGAAACUUAGUUGAUAGAUAGACGACAGGAAAAUAAUAUACGCAGAAAGAAACCUAAAAAAAAAAGUUUCUGUCUUUAGACUCCAAUCCACUAAGCUCCAAGCUGGGUCCCCUUAAAUUCUCAAUCUUUUUCUCCCUAAAUUUCCUUUAAUUUCUUCAUUGAUCAUUGCUCAUUGAUCGAUCUUCUGAGUUUUGAGGGGACCCCGAUCCAAAGUGUAUCUCUUUCUGUUUUGCUCAGCAUUUGGAUUUGAUUUCUUUUUUUUCCCGGGAAAGUUUGAUAGAGAUGUGGGGAGGCGCAGGUGAGCCAGCAGAUUCUUACUACCAAGUUCGUCCUGAGUGCACCGAUGUCCCCAAGACCAGAUUCAAAAUCAAGCCUGGUAAAACUCUAAGUGUAAGAAAAUGGCAGGCUGUAUUUGUACAAGAAGGGUCUCUCCAUAUUGGCAAGACUCUAAGACGCAUCCGAAGAGGGGGAAUCCAUCCAUCAAUUAGAGGCGAAGUAUGGGAAUUCCUACUUGGUUGUUAUGACCCAAUGAGCACAUUCGAAGAAAGAGAGCAAAUUCGACAACGCAGAAGAUUGCAGUAUGCUUCUUGGAAGGAAGAGUGUAAGCAAAUGUUUCCUGUCAUUGGAAGUGGAAGAUUUACUACCGCACCUGUAAUUACUGAAAAUGGUCAACCCAACUAUGAUCCUCUUGUACUUCAGGAAAUAAAUUUAGGUACAAACUCAAAUGGUUCAGUUUUUUUUAAAGAGCUCACAAGUCGUGGACCUCUUGAUAAAAAAAUUAUCCAAUGGCUGCUAACACUUCACCAGAUAGGUCUUGAUGUGAACCGUACAGACAGGGCCUUGGUAUUUUAUGAGAAAAAGGAGAACUUAUCGAAGCUCUGGGAUAUUCUGUCUGUUUACGCCUGGAUAGACAACGAUGUCGGGUAUUGUCAAGGAAUGAGUGAUCUUUGUUCCCCAAUGAUUAUUCUUCUUGAAGACGAAGCUGAUGCAUUUUGGUGUUUUGAACGGCUCAUGCGUCGAUUGCGAGGAAAUUUCCGUAGUACCGGGAGAUCUGUUGGAGUUGAAGCUCAACUUACUCAUUUGUCUUCAAUUACUCAGGUUGUUGACCCCAAACUUCACCAACAUCUAGAUAAACUUGGGGGAGGUGACUAUCUCUUUGCCAUCCGGAUGCUAAUGGUUCAAUUCCGAAGAGAAUUCUCAUUUUGCGACUCUCUGUACCUUUGGGAGAUGAUGUGGGCCCUCGAGUAUGACCCCGAUCUUUUUUAUGUAUAUGAGGCGCAUCAAUGCGGGAAUGAGAAAACAGAAGGGUUAAAAGGUAAACCGAAGUCAAUUAAGCAAUGUGGAAAGUAUGAGAGGCAAAACAUGAGGAAUGGAGGAAAAAGUGCAGAAGGUCCUUUACCUAUAUCGGUAUUUCUAGUGGCCAGUGUCUUGAAAGACAAGAGUUAUAAGCUAAUGACUGAAGCUCGUGGACUCGACGAUGUUGUUAAGAUACUUAACGAUACGACUGGGAACUUGGAUGCCAAAAAAACAUGUUCUGGAGCCAUAAAAAUUCACAAGAGAUAUCUAAGAAAGGCUAAGAAAUAGCAUUGGUAAACAUUCAUGAUUCUGCCGCCGAAUCAUGAGAAGCUUUCUUUUGUAAUUCGCUAAAUCUGGGGAGGAACCGAAUCUUCCUAUCGUUUUUUCUAACGAUUUUUUUGGGUGGAAGCUGGGAGAACCUUGGAGCCUUGAAUAACCCUUAACACACAUACACACACACAAGAAAAAUAUACUUAGUAAGCUGUUCAUAAAAGUUUAUGUUGUAUCCCUUCAUAUAUAAACAAACAUGGUUUUUGUUACUAACGGGAAAAUAAAAAGGAAAGAGAUUGUUCUUAAGUUUACAAAUGAUCAUUUUAUGUUCUAAAAGAAGAAAUAUUUUGAAACUUGGGGU